AUGUUCGUCUCGUGGGGACAAGUGCGUCGGCUUCAGGCCGACCUCAGGCCGGGGCGCGUGGCUGCCAUCGCGGCGGCGCGGGGCAGACAGGACGUCAGCGACCAACCCUUCACUCGCCACGAGCUGGUGCAGGCCAGGAAGGGACGAGACACUGCGGCUGGCGCCGACGGCAUCACGUACUCCAUGCUGGCUCAGGUCGGGCCUGCCGGAGAUGAGGCAGGCCCGACCCGCCACUCCUGGCGGGAAGGCCGCCUUCCCGUCGCGUGGAAGACGGCGGACAUCCAGCCCAUACCCAAGCCCAGGGAGCCCACCAAGCCACGACCUAUCUCUCUGAUGAGCUACACUGCCAAGACUGCGGAGAGGAUGAUACUCACUCGACUGCAGUGGCGCCUGGGGCCCCUGCACCCGCACGUAUUUGGCUUCACCAGAGGAGUGGGCACUUCUGACAGCAUCAUGGCCCUCCUGAGCCUCGUCGACAACCGUCCUGCCGUUGCUGUCUUCCUGGACCUGGAGAAGGCGUUCGAGCUUGGCAGUGCUCACGCUAUCCUGGCCGCGCUCGUGCGCAAGGGCAUCCAGGGACGGCUCAUCUCCUGGACUGAGGAUUACCUCCAGCACAGGCGCGCCAGAGUCAGGUUCCAGGGGCUGCGCUCCGCCCAUCGGGAGCUGGAAAACGGCACACCACAGGGCGGAAUCCUCAGUCCCUCCCUCUUCAACAUGCUGAUGGACCAGCUGGUCAGCCUGCCGUUUCGGGAGGGCACCGCUCUUCUCAGCUACGCCGACGACCUUGUAUUGGUCGUCAUCGGUCCCGGCAACAAGGUCGCCAGGGCCCAGCAGGCCCUCGAUCUUGUCAGCGAAAAGUGCAGGGAGCUAUGGCUCAAGGUAUCAGCUGAGAAGUCUAGGGCCAUGAUGUUUAAGGCCGCCCCCCCGGACGCCCAACUCUUCAUACGAGACGUCAGGCUGGCCUGGACCCCCGCCUACCAGUACCUGGGGGUGUGGCUCGACAAGGGCCUGUCCUUCAUCAAGCAGGCCACAUACCUGAAGGAGAGGACCCAAGCGAGGCUGAACGUUAUGAGGGCCAUGACAAAAACUCGUGCAGGCGCCACGUUUCCAGUCCUGCGUCUGUUCUACGUGCAGACUGUGCGGGCACUCAUUGACUACAGUGCGCCUGUCCUCAUUGCGCUGUCCCCCACACAGCAAAGGAGGAUCGAAGUAGUCCAAAACAAGGCCAUGAGGACCAUGCUCGGGGCGCCGGGCUGGGCCAGCAGCAGUGUAAUGCAGAGCGAGACCCGCCUCGUGCCCCUGGCCAGCAGGGUCCAGCAGAUCGUUGCCUGCCGAGUGGCCAAGGUCCUCCACCAAGACAGGGAGUCGGUGGCACGAGCGGCGCUCUGCAGAGUCUUGCCACAGAGGCGGGACCUGUUCACCGGCAAGACCUGGCUGUUGAAGGUGGCUGAGGCUGCCAGCCCCCUACCCCAUCUCGACCACCUGCGGCGGGAGGGGCCUGACCGUCCAGCCGCCACCUACGUCGCUCCACCUCCGUGGCAGCCCCCCACCGCCGAGAUCAUCAUAAGAGAGCUGCCUGCCAGCAAGGCGCGGUGCACACAGGGGGAACUCCUGCAGCACGCGCUCAUGGUGGUGGCUCAGGCCAACGCGGGGAGCUGUGCCGUCUACUACACCGACGGCUCAGUCGACCCAGAGAGAGGCGCGACAGGCGCGGCGGUUGUCACCGGCAGAGAGACGCUGUCGUGGAGGACGUUAGAUCACUGCUCCACCUUACAAACCAAGCUGCUGGUCAUUAAGCAUGCCCUGGAGCACGCCCUGCAGCACCGGAAGGGGCCUGUCGUGCUGCACACCGACUCCCGCUCCUCCCUGCAGGUCCUGCAGCAAUGGCGUCCACCGGCUGACAACGUGCGGCUCGUCACCACCAUCCUGGGCCUUACCCAUAGCAUCGCCGCACAGGGGCGGCACGUCAAACUAAACUGGGUGCCCAGCCACGUAGGCCUGCGUGGGAACGAGGCAGCUGAUGCAGCGGUCAGUGCAGCCACCAGCAUGCCAGCCAUAACCAGCAAUGUCCUGCCCAGCCUGCAGCAGGUUAAAGUGCAGGCCAGACGCGCUGCCGCCGGCUCCGCAGAGGACCUACACAGGCAGGCUGAGCGGCACUCGUGGCAGGGGGCCUGGUACGCCAGGGCCACCGAACACCGGCCACUUCACCCCCGCCGGGAAUUGGAUAGGGCGGACCAGGUGACGCUGCACCGCCUCCGGCUUGGCUACCGCACGCUCCAGGAGAUGAGGAACGGCUUCGCGGGCCGGCGGUGUGAGCACUGCGAAGCCGUCGCUCAUCGCCCCCUGGUCCACUACCUGGUGUACUGA